AUGUUCCAUAGCAAUUCAACAUUGACCUCUACAAAUUUCAUAAAAAGAUCCAUUUUUAUGAGAUUUUUAUUGGUUUUUUGUUUUUUGAUAAUAAUUGCUAUCAACAACAACAAUGUUUUGGCAUUUCAAUAUUUAGAGGGUAAAGCAGAAGAUAACAUCUAUCCGAAACCACUCUAUGUAGAGUCGAGCAGUAACAACCAUGAUUGCAUAAGAAUAGCUGUCAAUUCAACACUACAGUUUCAAGGUGGCUGGACUCUCGACGAACGUCAAGCGAUACGUGCAUUCUAUCAUGUAUUCUUUCUGAACAUCAAUCCCACUCACUGGAGGGAUGUAUUCUACGACUUCCCGGUGCCGCAAAUCAACAUCGUAUUGAAUCCUUCACUGACACAGACCGACUUUGCCUACAACAACACCAUACCAUUUGGAAGCAAUGAGCGAUACGAUAUCUACGCCAACAAAGGAUACAUACGUAUAGUGGCACCCUCUACCUUUGGUGUUCAGAAUGCUUUUAAAACGAUUGCACAACUCUCCUAUAUCAAUUCAGAUCAUCAAAUCUGUGUUACUUUUCUGCCAUUCUCCAUUAGAGAUGAACCAACCUAUAGAUAUAGAGGUUUAAUGAUAGAUACCGGUAGAAUAUAUUAUGAAGUUGAUUUCAUUAAAUCUGUUAUUAGAGGAAUGAGCUCAUUGAAAUUGAAUGCUUUACAUUGGCAUAUAUCAGAUGAUCAAUCUUUCCCAUUUGAAAUUAUGGAGUAUCCAUAUCUACAUAUUAAAGGUGCCAGUCAUCUAGGUUUCAUUCAUAAUGGUAUACAAACACCUCAAACAAGAUUCUAUAAUACUGAUGAAAUUAAAAGUAUUAUUGAUUAUGCCGCAAUCUAUGGUGUAAGAGUAAUACCAGAGAUUGAUAUGCCUGCACAUGCGAGAUCUUGGGGAAAGGGUUACAAUAUAUCGACGGUUUGUCCUGGAUAUCUGCUACCCUUUAUCAAUACACUUAGCUUUGAUUACACUUUGAAUGUUCCUUUGGACAUUUCAUUGGAGUUGACCUAUGAGAUUAUCACUGCUAUCAUUAAAUCUAUUGCCACUCUAUUCCGUGAUCCCUAUGUGCAUUUGGGUGGCGAUGAAAUACCGGUCGGUUGCUGGGGAGAGGAUCUUGCCAUGAUGAAGAGAAUGGCAUCAUACGGCUACUCUGAUCCCAACACCUACUUUAAUGAGAAAUCCAUUGAAAAGGAUGGAUCCAUUGUGGAAAGAGGAUUUUCCGAUCGUGUAUGGCAUCGACUCAUAGCAAUCAGUGAAAAACUCUGGUCAUCAAGAAACAGCACAUCCAAAGUCGACAAACAAACCAUUGAAAGAGCAACAAGAUUCGCCAAGCAUCUAGAGAAUCAAGAUAUAGAUAUAGGUGAUACAAUCAACAGAAUUAAGAAUUAUGAUACUGAAUUUAAUUAA